UCGGCAUGACUCCUUUCACUCCACCGACGCGCUUUCCUCAGGACGUGCUUCCACCCACGCGGCUACACACCAACGCCAUGACGUUUGCCCACUGUGCACUCCUGCUGCUCUUCUGCCUGUCCACAGGCCUGGUUGCCAUGCUGAUCCCAUCAGCCUCUGCCCAGGAUGUGCCUGCUGACUCCGAGUCUGCGGGCCCUGACGAGCCACACGCCGAGCCCCCAGCUGAGGCUCAGACCCAGGAGGACGAGACGGACUGGGGGUUUGGGUCCAUCAGGGACAGCUUCCAGGCAGUCAACAAUUACUUCGACUCUGUGGUGGAGCUCAUGGGGGGCCGCAACGGUGUGUGCCAGUACCGCUGCAGAUACGGCAAAGCACCCCAGGCUCGCCCCAGCUAUCAGAUGCCUGAGCCCAACGGCUGCACUUCCUCGCUGCUCGGUUUCCAGGUACCAGACAGUUUGGACAUGGGCAUCCCUGCCAUGACCAAGUGCUGUAACCAGCUGGACAUAUGCUAUGACACCUGUGGCUCCAACAAGUAUCGCUGUGACACCAAGUUCCGCUGGUGCCUCCACAGCAUCUGCGGCGACCUCAAGAAGAGCCUGGGCUUUGUGUCAAAGGUUGAAGCUUGUGAGAUGUUUGCAGACACCAUGUACAACACCGUGUGGACCCUGGGCUGCAGGCCCUUCAUGAACAGCCAGAGGGCAGCAUGCAUCUGUGAGGGAGAAGAGAAGGAUGAGCUGUGAGAAGGAUGAGCUCCCGCCAACCACGGUGACACAACGCCGCCAAACACCCUCAGAGUCGACUGGCAAGGGCUUGGUGGACAGUGGAGAAUCAGUUUUCAAACCGGUGCCUUCUUUUAGGAAUUAAGACCGAAGUGCUCAAAUCCCAGAGUUCUUACUCAUGGUUCUACUCCAUGGUAUGUAGUUACAAGGUUUACCUAUAGGAUAUAGGAUAUCUAUAGGUAUGUCAUGGUUCUGUGGGAAGAGGGUAUUUCUGUUGUACUCCUACUGAGCUCCUGUUUUUAUGUGUCUGUUCCUAGCCAAAUUCACACUGACUGGAGGAACCCGUCACUGUGCAAUUUUUAGUGUGCCACAUAAAAAUAUAAGAGACUAAUAUUUUGGUCUCAGCCAGAUUUAUUUUUCAAAUGAGUAGGCAAAUGACUCCGAAACCAGCUUUCUAAGGUGGAAUAAAUGCUCUGGAGCGAUUCCUAGAGCAAAGGGCAACUGUGGUUGAAGAUCUCAUUUAAACCUGUGUCAGUUCUCUCAA